AUGGGAUGGGUCGACAAUGUCCCGGGCACCAAGCUGUACAUUGGCGGCUUGCAUGCCCUAUAUCAGAAGCAAGAUAUGUUCCGCGACGCAAAGAUAACACACAUCGUCUCUGUGUUGGAUUUUGACAUAUACGAAGCUGGUCACUUCGAGCAAUACCAACACAUGCAUCUUCGAUUAGGUUAGUGAGAAGCUCUGAGAUGUUUCUAGCUAUCUUCAUCAUUGACAGCCUGCUUUGUUCCAGACGACGAUCCAAACGAGAACAUUCUGGAGCAUUUCACUGAGACAAACACGUACAUUGACAAAGCUAUCCGGGAAGGCGGUGCGGUCUUCGUACACUGCGCGAUGGGCAAGUCGCGCUCUGCCACCAUCAUCUGCGCCUACAUGAUGUGGCGCCAUGGCCUCUCACCGGAGGACGCUCUUUCCAGGCUCAAUGAGGGCCGGCCAGUGUGUGAUCCGAAUCCCGGAUUCUGGGAACAGCUCGAGGUCUACGAUCACAUGCUAAAAGCCAAGACCGAUACUGAACGCCACGACAUCUACACGCACUGGCACGAGGGUCGCGGCACGACAGACUGGUACACUGUGGAUCGGCGACGGCAGGCAGCCAAACUUUAA